AUGGGAAACUGCAACGCCUGUGUAAGACCAGAAACCAACCGGGAUUCUAAAAAGCAGCGAACAAAUCACAGACGCAAGAAGAAGUCGAAAGAGAAGAAGUCGAAAGAGAAAAAGCCAAAUCCAUAUUCUGAGGAUUCAAUCCGAUCUCCCGCUCCGAUCCGAGUGUUGAAGGACGUGAUCCCACUAAGCCACCGGCCUCGGAUCGGAGAUAAGUACAUAUUGGGUCGAGAACUUGGCCGAGGAGAAUUUGGUAUCACGUAUUUGUGUACUGACCGAGAAACUAAAGAAGCCUUGGCAUGCAAGUCGAUUUCAAAGCGAAAAUUGCGGACAGCUGUGGAUAUAGAAGACGUAAGAAGGGAAGUGGCGAUUAUGUCCAGCUUACCGGACCACGCCAACAUAGUGAAGCUGAAGGCGACGUACGAGGACCAUGAAAACGUGCAUUUGGUUAUGGAGUUGUGUGAGGGCGGGGAGCUUUUUGAUAGGAUAGUGGCCAGAGGGCAUUAUAGUGAGAGGGCGGCGGCCAAUGUUGCCAGAACAAUAGCUGAGGUAGUUAGGAUGUGCCAUGAAAAUGGAGUUAUGCAUAGAGACUUGAAACCCGAGAAUUUCUUGUUUGCUAAUAAGAAGGAGAAUUCUGUUCUUAAGGCUAUUGAUUUUGGCCUCUCAGUGUUUUUCAAGCCAGGGGAGAAGUUUACAGAGAUCGUUGGGAGUCCAUAUUACAUGGCGCCGGAGGUGUUAAGGCGGAAUUAUGGACCGGAGGUUGAUGUCUGGAGUGCUGGAGUGAUACUUUAUAUCUUGUUAUGUGGGGUUCCUCCAUUUUGGGCAGAGACUGAGCAGGGUGUUGCUCUAGCAAUUUUGAGGGGAGUGAUUGAUUUUAAGAGGGAACCUUGGCCUCAGAUUUCAGACAGUGCUAAGAGUCUUGUCCGGCAGAUGUUGGAACCAGAUCCCAAAAAGCGCUUGACUGCCCAGCAAGUGCUUGAACAUUCCUGGUUACAAAAUGCAAAGAAAGCUCCAAAUGUGCCAUUGGGAGAUAUUGUGAGAACAAGGCUCAAGCAGUUUUCAUUGAUGAAUAGAUUUAAGAAGAAAGCACUGCGGGUAAUUGCGGAACACUUAUCUGUUGAAGAGGUUGAAGUAAUCCGGGAUAUGUUUUCAUUGAUGGAUACUGACAAUGAUGGUAAAGUAACGUAUGAGGAACUACGGGCUGGUCUUCGGAAGGUUGGUUCACAACUGGCUGAGCCAGAGAUAAAAAUGUUGAUGGAAGUGGCUGAUGUUGAUGGGAAUGGAGUACUGGAUUACGGAGAAUUUGUGGCUGUAACCAUUCACUUGCAGAAGAUGGAGAAUGAUGAGCAUUUCCGCAGGGCUUUUAUGUUUUUUGAUAAGGAUGGUAGUGGAUAUAUAGAACUGGAUGAGCUGCGAGAGGCCUUAGCAGAUGAAUCUGGUGAAACUGAUAAUGAUGUGCUGAAUGACAUCAUGCGUGAAGUUGACACUGACAAGGACGGAUACAUAAGUUAUGAGGAAUUUGUUGCAAUGAUGAAAGCUGGAACUGACUGGAGAAAGGCAUCUCGACAGUAUUCAAGGGAGAGAUUCAAGAGCUUGAGUCUUAACCUGAUGAAAGAUGGUUCAUUGCAGCUCCACGAUGGGCUUACCGGCCAAUCUUAUGCUGUCUAAGUUAAAAGGUUCAUGAUCUUGUUUUUGCUUGUGCUCGCUGAAUGUUUCUGUCCUUUAUCAAUUAUAUUCCACAGACGAGUCUGGCUUGUGGGUUUCACAAAAUGCAAAUUUUAGGACACAUACUGAAUAUUCUUGGGUUCAAAUGCACAGACUCAGUUGGCUAUAGGCUGCAUGAAGCAUGCAUCAGAGAUUGAGUCACAAUAGUUAGCUGCAGCCCAGCCAUUGUGGCGGCGACGCAAAUCACAGGUUCAAACUAGCGUCGCGUUGCUUUGUAUAGUUUGUCAUUACAUAGGCGGCAUUAGAUGAUUUUUCUUUCAUGUGCUUUUCUGACUGGAUGCAGAUUGGAAUUGUUUGUUUGUGAUGAGAAAUUUGAGCCUAGUGUCAAAAAUUUUCUAGUUUUGCACUUAUCUAAAAGGGCAUUACCCAGUUGUGAAAAUUCAGAUAGUAUGCAAUUGCCACCGCGGCAAUAUCAAUUCCAAUUGUAUAUUCUGCAGUGGAAAUUUAUUACAGAAAGUCUUCAAUGUGGUUUUUGAAUUGCAUCUAUAUGAAAUGAGAGAUCAAUUUCCAGUUCA